AUGGCAGCCAACGAUUCCCUGCAGAACACGUCUGUCCAAGAUUCAGACCAGGAGCAGAGACAGCAGUUAAACCAGCAAAGCCAACGCGAAAGUGGCACUGACUGGGCCGAGUACGAUGCCAACGCUGCACCUCAGAUUACCGUUGAACAGGCCCCCGAGGUCGUUCCUGGUCAGAGUUUGAAGGGCUUAGAUGGUGCUGUCGAUGUUGAAGCUGAUAUCCGCCCUCCUUCAGCCUCCGAAAACAAACCCCCGGUUCCGGAGCACCUGCCCUGGAAGACACGUAUUCUCAACAGUCGUCUCUGCUCAUGGAAGCUUCUGCUUCCUCUCGUCGUCCUCUUACUUGUGGCCAUUAUCGUUCCGGUCGUUGUAUCGCAAAGGCGUGGCGAUUCUCGCUCGAUAGAUGAUGGCAUACCUACCGGGGAGACCUCCUUCACCGCCACGCAAGUUUCGCGGACGGACACGUCGUCAAGUCCGUUAGCCUCCAGCACGUCUGCCUCCAGCCCAGUGAGUCCCACUACCAGCCUGGAUCUUUCAAACAUGAGCAGUUCUAGUGCCCAUGCUGACGCGCUGGGGAAUCAGAUUGCCGAAUGCAGGCCAUCCGACUUCAGAACCGAUGUCAACUGGAUAGGGAUUGCUGGCGAGGUCGGAUGGAAGUUCAAACUCAGCGACGCCGAUGAUGCCGAGGACUGCUGUAAGCAGUGCUACCAGUCCACCAAAGAAGGCUGCAACGGGUGGCUGUUCAUGCCAGGCAAUGGGGACGAGUCCAGUGUGGUGCCGCCUUGCAACAUCAUUUAUGGAUACCGAGGCCCUGAUGAGGACGAUGAGUGUCCCACCGGCAAGCCGGACAUUGUCUUUGCGGGUGCCAGUGAUAGCGAGGAGAACUUUGGGGGCGGCGGGCCUUGUGCUGGAGCCGUCAGGGGACGUCGUUAG